AUGAUCCCACCCGGUGACGAAUCACCAUUGAACCCCUCUGGCACAAGCUUCAGCUUAGGCCAGGAGGAGGCAGCAGCAGCUCUCGAAGACUUCGACACGCAGAGCCAUGCAAGUUCCCGCGACCCCGGUAGCACACAAACCGCCGACCCCGCGGUAGGCCUGGACAACGGCGCGCUAGACAACCAACGAGACGACGGCGGUGACGGACCGUCGAACCCGGGGAAUUUUAACGACGGCGACAAGCCCGCUUGGAGUGAAAUGAAGACCAAGGCUGGGAAAGAGAGGAAGCGACUGCCGCUGGCAUGUAUCGCAUGUCGCCGCAAGAAAAUCCGCUGCUCGGGCGAAAAGCCCGCUUGCAAGCACUGUACUCGCUCGAGGAUUCCUUGCGUCUAUAAAGUUACUACGCGGAAGGCUGCGCCGCGCACGGAUUAUAUGGCUAUGCUGGAUAAGCGGUUGAAGAGGAUGGAAGAUCGCGUGAUCAAAACGAUACCGAAGGAAGAGACGAGGGACAUGGCCUCUAUCGGUCGGUCUGUUGUCAAGCCUUCUGCUUCGAAUCAGCCGACCAAGGCCCAAAAGAAAAGAAGCGCAGAUGAGGCGUUUGAGGUGGAGAUGGAUGAAUGGACCCGUGGGGACCGCCGCCCGCCGCAUGAGACCUUCCCAAUGAAUCGCGAGAUCAAGUCCAGCGACGGGAGCGGCCUUUUGACCGAGGGAGCUGAGUUCUUGCCAUCCUUGGAGAUCCAGGAGCACCUUGCAGAGGUGUUCUUCGAUUGUGUCUACGGGCAAUCAUACCUUCUGUUACACAAGCCCAGUUUUAUGCGACGGCUCAAGGCUGGCACUGUUCCCCCGGUGUUAAUUCUUGCUGUCUGCGCUGUCUCCGCGCGAUUCUCAACACAUCCUCAGCUCAACUCGGAACCGCAAUUUUUGCGCGGGGAGAACUGGGCUAAUCCUGCCGCCGCCAUUGCUCUGAGCAGACAUGACGAACCUAAUAUCACAAUCCUUACCGUUUUCCUCCUUCUUGGUCUCCAUGAAUUCGGAACUUGUCAUGGUGGACGAAGUUGGUCUUUUGGAGGUCAGGCGCUGAGGAUGGCAUAUGCCUUGCAGCUGCAUCAAGAACUUGAGCAGGAACCAAUGAUUAACAAAGGCCCCAGCAACUCUUCGCAGUUGAGCUUCACCGAUCAAGAGAUCAGACGUCGGACUAUGUGGGCAUGCUACUUGAUGGAUCGGUAUAACUCCUCCGGCAGUCAACGGCCGCCAAUUGGAAACGAAAAGUUCCUACAAAUCCAGCUGCCUAUCAAAGAAACCCAUUUUCAGAUGGAAAUCCCCGGUCCAACGGAAGAUCUCGACGGUGAUGUUCUCAAUCCAACGCCAGAAGAUACAGGCCAGUUGUCAAACGCCAGAGAAAACAUGGGUGUGUCGGCAUACAUCAUCCGCUCCAUCGUCAUUUGGGGUCGGCUUGUUGACUACCUGAAUCUAGGCGGUAAGAGAAAGGACGCACAUCCACUUUGGCAUCCAGAAUCAGGGUACAUGCGACUCAAGCGACAGAUUGAAGAAUUCUCCGCCUCCCUCCCGGCUCCUUUGACUUUCACCUACGAGAAUCUUCAGAUCCAUGCGGCGGAGAAGGUUGCGAACCAGUUUCUCUUCCUCCAUAUCAUCAUACAUCAAAACAUGCUAUUCCUCAACCAGUUCGCAAUCCCCUUGUCACCGGGAGGGCGGCCACCACGAGAUAUGCCUAAACCCUUCCUUAGCAAUGCAGGUCGUGCUGCGGUAGAGGCGGCGCAUCACAUUUCGGUCCUUUUCGACCGAGCUUCGGCCUACCCUCUCACCGUUCCCUUUGCUGGAUACUGCGCCUAUUCGGCCAGUACGGUUCAUAUCUGGGGCAUUUUCUCGAAGAACGUCCAGCUGGAGGCGCGGUCAAAAGAAAACCUUCGACAUACAUACCGCUACCUUAAUAAAAUGAAAAAGUACUGGGGCAUGUUCCACUACAUGGUUGAAAGUGCCAAAGAUCGAUAUCGUCAGUUUGCCGAUGCAGCUAUCCAGGGCUCUGUUGCAACUCAAAACGGCACAUCACUAGCACCAAUGUUCCAAUAUGGUGACUGGUUCGACAAGUAUCCACAUGGUGUAUCAAGAAUACACUGGGAGGAUCCUGAUACACGGCACAGAGAAAGAGGCGAGGAUGCAGUGAUGGGCCAAAAGCCCGACCUCCAAAGCGUAGAAGAUUUCUUCGCAAGCCUGUCUCCCACACCACAACAACCAACCCUCCCUCGCAAGUCGCGCUCUCGCAAAAACAGCAGACUAUCAGAUAGUGUUGCAGGCAUGGAACAGACCUCCCCACAAUCCAUGAUGGAAGUAACAAUGGGAAACACGCCAGGCGUCCCAGGCAGUGCAUUCCCACAACCCUCCAUGUUCUCCCAACCACGGCACAUGUCAUUCGGCCAACCACCAUUCGAUUUCAACAUCCCUCAGGACCAACUCCCUCAACUGGAUCGGCAAUUUGUCUACGGCUCUUUCUCCGACUUCGACCCCAACUCCUUCGUCCAAAACAACCCGCCCGUCCCGCCAGUCAACGGUGUCGAAACGCAGAACCCAGACCAAUCGCUUUUCACUGGCCAACUAGACCCAGGCGCCCCUGCUGGAACGGGCGAGUUCUACCAACCCAGUGCUUGGUUCUUGCCCUUCAAUCUUGAUCCUGUCGGUGUUGCAACCCCACCUGCUCCGCCUCCAGGCCCGGCGCCGGGUCCUCCAAAUAACGGCCGUGGAAAUGAUGCCCAACCCUCUGGCCUGCCCGGUGUACCAGAAGUACCUGGAUUUGCCGGUGGAGGGGGUUACCCAUGA